AUGUCCUCCCUCCGCAAGUCAGCUUGUCAUUCCUGCGUCGCCGCCAAGCGACGGUGUGACAAGAGUCUUCCGGCUUGCCUGCGCUGUCGCCAGAAAUCGCUCAAUUGCCAGUAUUCGUAUCCGCCUAAUACUCCUUCCACUCAACCAGAGGAAUACGAGCAGCUACCAGAACUCCAAUCUGGGACAGACAACGGGCUCGCGUCAUUCCAAUGCGAUGAUGCUUUAAUAAUCAACCCCGACGCAAGCAGCGAUUGGGAUCAAGGAGUUAUCUCAGAAUUGCUUUCUUUGGAUAGCGCUAGCUGGGACGGAUUUAUCCAAUCGAUCCCAAUUGAGGAUCCGACGCCCCUCCAAAAACGGGUCCUCGAGUUCUGGCCACGGGUAGAUGAUCUUCAAACGUGGAAUUUCUGCACUCGCGCCUUCAUGUCAUAUAUAGAUAUGUUUGUGCAACACGGGUCUAAUUCAUUUAUUCGCCAUGCACAAGAGCCGAGGCUGCGCACCGCCUUCGCAGUUUGCGCCGCUUUCAAGGCCCGGACAGAUGAGAAUCAAAGAGUCGUUCAGCAGUUGAUAGAUACUGAGGUGGAGAGGCUAGCCACAGACGCUCGACGCUGUUCAUUUGUGGAGAAGCUAGCUACACUACAGGCUCUGAUACUUUAUUAUACCCUGAUGUUAUUUAGUGGGGAUAUACACCUCCAGUUCAUGGCCGAGAAGCAAGAACCUCUGCUGGGCCAGUGGACAGUUGAGCUGAAGGAUGCUGACUCACCGGCAGUAUACGAUACAGCAGAAACCUGGGAGCUGUACGAGAGCGCACGACGGACCGUCGUAAUCUCAUAUCUACUCCGCGGGGUUUACCACGUUUUGAAAUACAAAACAUGGCACUUGAUCGGCGACCUAGUCGGUCUGCCCGUUUCUUCAAGGUCGCAGUUUGGUUGGCAUAGGCGUGAACCUCAAUCGCUUCCAGCAGGGCCAAACUCGGUGCACGUCGUCUCGUAUCAUGAGUUCGUGAAAGAGUGGGAGGUUGGCCAUAUGUCGAACGUCGAUGACUUUGGACAGUUGCUUUUAGUUGCCUGUAAAGGCGUCGGGCCCGUGAAACAGCGGAAUCUUACGAAUCCUUCAUCGAGUCCGAACGCUCAUUAG